UGAUAUACUUUUAUUUUUCAGGUGUACCAAAUAGCAUACAUAAUAAUCAAGAUGGCGAAUUCCCCAAGACCUGGCACAUGGGUUUUAGAACGAUCCGUAAAUGGAGAAAAUUACGAACCGUGGCAGUUUUUCGCUAGGACGGACAAGGAAUGUCUUGAACGCUUCGCAAUUCCAGCUACCAAAGGAAAACCUCACUACUUUACCGACAAUGAAGUGAUAUGCACUUCGUUUUAUUCGAGAUUAACUCCAAUGGAAAAUGGAGAGAUCCAUACAUCACUAAUCCAGGGCCGACCCGGAGCCAACGAAACAAGUCCGGAAUUAUUGGAGUUCACGAAAGCUCGUUACGUUCAAAUGCGGUUAAUCGGGUUGAGAGGAACACAAGAGCCGCUGCCACGAUGGCUUGCACAGGACAUCUGGAAGGAUAAGAGGUUGUUCUACUCAAUUAGGGAUAUCAGCAUCGGAGGGCAAUGUGUUUGCAACGGUCACGCGGAAAAUUGCCGACACAAUGUUGCUUCCGGGCAUCCAGAAUGUGAAUGUGGUCACCAUACAUGUGGACCAAACUGUGAAAAAUGCUGUCCGAUGUAUAAUCAACGUCAGUGGGGACCUGGAUCAGCUCGAGACGGAAGGCAAUGUUUACCAUGUAAUUGUCAUGGACACGCUACUAGUUGCCACUACGAUGAAGAUGUCGACAGAUCUGGACUUAGCAUGGACAUACACGGCAAUUAUCAAGGAGGAGGAGUUUGUGAUAAUUGUACGGCCUAUACAACAGGAGUAAACUGUGAAAAAUGUCUUCCUGGUUAUUACCGUCCGUUGGGAGCACUUGCAGAAUCAAAACAGCCAUGCCAACAAUGCGACUGCAGCCUCUCAGGCUCCGCAGGCACUUGUAUACAGACAGGUGAAGACGCUGGAAAAUGUCAAUGUCGAGAAGGUUAUAUUGGAGAGAGGUGUGACUCUUGUGCAGUAGGUUAUACAACUUUUCCUGAUUGCCUUCCAUGUCCUUGCGAUUCUAAAGGGGUAAAGGGGUUGGAAAAUUGUGCAGAUGGAUGUUUAUGCAAGGAUAAUGUUGAAGGAAUGUACUGCGACAGAUGUAAACCAGGUUAUUUUGGAUUAAAGGAUGAUAUAGAAAAAGGCUGUCUACCUUGUUACUGCUCUCAAGUUACUACCUUAUGUGAAUCAGCAUUAAUUAAAAAUCAAUCGAUACAAUCGUUGAAGAAUUGGCAAUUAACUGACCUAAAGGUCACGAAAGUGGUCAAACCCAAUUGGAACGGUCAAAGCAUAUUUUCAUUCGGAAACUACGACUUUGCUGGCACAAAAUCUAUCUACUGGCUAGCACCUGAAGACUAUUUGGGUAAUAAACUCGAAGCCUACAACUCCAACUUUCUGUUCAAAGUUCAGUGGGUGGUGAUGAGAGGCGACACCAGUGGCGAACCCACAAAAGGACCGAAUAUGGUCAUUAUGGGUAGCAACGGCUUAAAAAUUGGGUACGGAGAUGAUACCUAUACUUCUCCCAAAAUGACGUUUCAACUAAAACUAAACGAAGAUAACUGGUAUCAUAUUGCAGAAGAUAUUACAGAUAUUUCCAAAGUCGAAAGCAGUAUCUAUCAUGGAGAAAAAGUAACUAGGCAUGAAUUUUUAAGUAUUCUUAGCAAUAUUUCUUCCAUUUUGCUGAGAUCAACAUUCCACACUGACCAAAUUGAAGCUUUGUUGGAAGAAGCUACAUUGUAUAUAGGUGAAGGAGAUGAAGACGGUUACACUAGCGUGGAAAGGUGUUCCUGUCCAUCUGACACAGCCGAAUGUUUUUGCGAACAUAACACCGUCGGAGAGAAAUGCGAACGUUGCGCUCCUGGUUUUUACGGAAAUCCUUUGCGAGGCACUCCCGACGACUGCAAAAAGUGUGCUUGUCCGCUCGAGAAUGAUGAAAACAACUUCAGUCCGAGUUGUCAACUCGACUACUUUGUCGAGAGAGAAGAAGAUGAGGGUAAUUACGUUUGUACUCAAUGUCCAAAGGGAUACACUGGAGAUCACUGCGAAAUAUGUGAUGACGGAUAUUUUGGAAACCCAAUGGAAUUAGGUGGCAGUUGUCAACCAUGCGAUUGUAAUGGUGGACCUUGUGAUCGAAAAACUGGACAAUGUCUUAGUUGCAGAGGAAAUACAGAAGGUUGGAAAUGCGAAAAAUGUAAGCCAGAACACUAUGGAGAUCCAUCACUAUUUAACUGUAAGCCCUGCGAAUGUGAUGCUAUCGGUUCAGUUUCAAAACAAUGUGACAAUGUUACGGGAUCAUGUGAGUGCAAGGAUAAGUUCAUUGGAAGGACUUGCGACCAAUGCCAAGUAAGCAAAAAAUAA